GCGGGUCACCAUAGUGCCCACGGCCGCCGCAGCGCGCACAUCUCCGCCUCUUGCUCCUCUCCUCCCACCCUGGAGGCUGCCCACUCGGUGCGCUCUCUUGUAUACCCUCCCUGUGAGGGCUGUGCUGCCGGGACUCUUGCGUGUUAUAACUUUCUUGCGUGAUUUGGAGACGGUGAACCAAUGGCGUGCGAGAACUUAGCAUAGACUUGCAAAUAUUCGCUUCUGCGUCACGUUGAGUUCUGAGACAAUUGGUAACGUCUGUAAACAUUUACACAAAUGUAAACAGUGGAAAAUAAAGAGUUCGCUUUGCUUGAAAGGAUAAAAGGAGUUAUAAGUGGAGUUUCGAACGUGCAGCAAAUGCGACUACGGGUUGUUGACCAGUGAAGAAGAUGCAGGGCGGCAGGAGAGGACGUAGUAUGGGCUGGGGUGUUGCAGCCUCCGUCUCUCUUCUCUGUCUAGCGGUCGUCUGCCUCUCCGUCGUCACGCCAGCAUCUGCGGAAGGUGUCUGCUACCAUGGCGGCUACUACUUCUCCAACGGAAGUAGAUGGCGGCCAGAAGUGUGCUUGGAGUGCCAGUGCCAGGGUUGGGUUGAGGUGUGUGAGCGGGAGGAGUGCCUCGACCCCCACUGCCAACAAGACCAGAUCUUGUACCACCAUCCCCAACUCUGCUGCCCUCGAUGUCUUCCCCCACCACAGCCCUGCCUCGCUGGAGACACCAUAUAUAAGAAUGGGGAGGUGUGGUUUCCAGCGGAGUGUGAGCAGUGUCGCUGCAUUAAUGGCACCGUGUCAUGUGGACGUAAGCCUUGUGGUGCUGCCACCUGCAGGGAGGGCCAAGUGGCACUGCAGCUGCCAAACCAAUGUUGUCCGGAGUGUGUGCCACUUGGGCGAUCAUGCAAAGUUGGUGAGACAAUACAUCCUGAUGGAGAUUUGUGGUCACCAGUAGCAUGUUCACAGUGCCAGUGUCGCAAUGGUCGAGUACAGUGUUAUGUGGCACACUGUCCCCGCCUCACCUGUCCUGCCAACCACACCCUUGAGAUCGCUGAGGGGUCCUGUUGUCCUUCUUGUGAAGGAUCACCGUGUGUUGCCAAGGGAAUGGUAUAUGGAUCCUCAGAGCAGUGGCAGGAGGGUGCUUGUAGGAAAUGUGUGUGUGUAGCUGGACGAAUACAUUGCCAGGAGGUGGAAUGCCCGAAGCUUGAGUGCCAACCUCACGAGGAGCCACACACUGUAGAAGGUGCCUGCUGUCCCAAAUGUGUUAAAAAACAAGGCUGGUGUUUGUUGGAGAGUGGCAGCCGCAUGUCCCCAGGCCAACUCUGGAACACCACUGACUGUGAGCUGUGUGUAUGCAGAGAGGCACAAGUCAUAUGCAACCAGAUGGAGUGUGGUGGUGACGAGUGCGCCCCCGGGGAGCAGCGAGUGACCCGACCUGGAGCCUGUUGUCCUGAGUGUUCCAUUAAAAAGGGAGUCUGUUUCCAUGAUGGUACUUUGCGAGAGAAUGGAGAGGCAUGGAGUUCUGGGGAUUGCCACAUCUGCUCAUGUGUUUCUGGUACUGUAACAUGUUACCAGCCUUCUUGCCUUCCAUGCUCAUUUGGCCUAGUGCCUGUCAAUCAAAAUUCAGAACACUGUUGUCCUGAGUGCCAGCCCCUAACCUGUCCUGCAAACUGCCUCAUUUGUUAUCCCAGCAUGGGGGAGAUUAUGUGUAAAGCUUGUGAAGAUGGGCAUUACCUCGAGGAUGGCAAGUGUGUCAAGAUGUGCAGUGAGGGAAAGUUUCAGCAGGGUGCAGAGUGUGGGACAUGUCACCCAACGUGCUUCACCUGCUCGCAGGCUACCAGGUUUCACUGCACAAAAUGUUCUGCCAAGGAGCUGCUGCGUGAGGGUGAGUGUGUAAGAGACUGUGGCCGAGGGUUCUACUCUGAGGGUGGGGCAUGCCUUCCUUGCCACUCCUCCUGCAGCGAGUGCUCAGGACCAGCAACCGACCAAUGCCAGGUGUGCCCCAGUAAGACCUUCCUUCAUGCUGGCAUGUGUGUUGACAACUGCCCUGCGGGGCAUUAUGCUAGAGAUCAGCUAUGUGAGCCAUGUGAAGAGAGCUGUGAGCUCUGUGGGGUUGGGGAGUGCCUUCAGUGUCUUGAAGGUUUCUGGUUACAAGAAGGACGAUGCCAGAAAGACUGUUUGCCUGGAUUCUAUCGUGGUCCUGACAACGCAUGUGUUAGUUGCCAUACUUCUUGCGGAACAUGCCACGAUAAUGGAAUAGCUUCGUGUACAUCGUGUCCACACUAUCUCUUCCAUAGUGGCUCAACCUGCGUGACGAUGUGCCCUAAGGGGACUUAUAUCAGUGAAAAGGAAUGCCUUCCGUGUCAUGAAUCCUGCAUCGAGUGUCUUGGACCUGGACCUGACAGAUGUGUGAAAUGUUCAACCAAUGGGCAUGCGGUGGUCCUCAUCAACAUGACCUCUGGCAGGUGUGAAGACAGCUGCCCCCAAAACUACCAGUCUCUGGACAAUGUUUGUUUUCCACCACCACCAGGAUGUGAGGUGUGGCAUGCAUCAGAACCCUCAGUCUGCCACAAGUGCAGUGAAGGUUGGCUGCAACAAAACUUUGAGUGUGUGCUGGAGUGCGGCAUGGGCUUCUAUCCUCACACUCAGAGAAAUAUCUGCCUAUCAUGUGACCCUCGAUGUCAUACAUGUUCAGGUCCAGGCCACAAGAACUGCUCCAGCUGCCACAAGGGUGCUACACUUCACAAGAGAAACACAGGUUUUGAGUGUCUCACUAAGUGCUAUCACCAUCGCUAUCUGGCACCAGACACCACAUGCCAGACAUGUCACUCAUCCUGCAACGUAUGCACCUUAGACUUGGCCAACACAACAACAUCCAUUUGCUUACGCUGUAAAUCAGAUCAUAACAUUCGUGAGAGUGAUCACUGUGUUCAUGAAUGUAGUCGUGGAUACUACCAUGAUGUGGAGUCAGAUAGCUGCCAAAAGUGCCACCCAAGAUGUGACACAUGCGUGGGGCCUCAUUUUAACAACUGCAAAACCUGUCUCAAGGAAGCAAAGCUGACCAAUAAUACAGUUUGUGAGAAGGAUGUUUGUCCCAAAGGAACCUACCUAACACCAGAAAAUAGUUGCAAAUCUUGUGAAGGUGACUGUGAAACUUGUCCUGCUGAUGGCUCCAAGUGUUUGACCUGUCCGCCCACAAAACACCUUCUCUAUGGAAAAUGUGUCAACAAGUGUCCUAAUAUGUUUUAUGCAGAAACAUCUGCCAAUGGAGAGUGUCAGGAAUGCCACUGGACAUGUGAAAGGUGUCUGGGGCCCUCUGAAGCAGACUGCCUAACCUGUGGAUCUAACAUGUUUCGUGAAGGUAACAAAUGCCUUGCACAGUGCUCUCCAGGUCACUAUCCUGCUGGCAAGGAGUGCAGAGCAUGCCCAGGAGGAUGCAGAAAAUGCAACAGCAGUACAGUUUGCCAAUCUUGCCAUGCUCCGUAUCUUCUACAGGAUGGACACUGCGUCACUUCAUGCAGAUCAGGAACUUUUGCUAAUGUGUUUGACAACAUCUGUUACGACUGUGGUAACAAAUGUCUGGAUUGCUCCUUGUACGAAUGCCACACCUGUAAAACCCCAUACCUUCUGCAGGAUGGACAGUGUGUUGACCACUGUGGCAAGAAUUACUUCCCUGACCAUCAAGCUGGAAUUUGUUACUACAAUAUUGACAAACCUGUCAUCCAUAUCUUAGCCCCAUUAGUUGUGGAGUAUGGAAAGCCAUUGUCACUUAAUAGUUCUUUUUUGUAUAUAAAGGAUACUGAUACCUCAAAUGAUCAUUUAAUUGUAAAUGUGGAAGAAACACCCUCAAAUGGAGGUAUAUUCAGAUAUUCAAAAGGCACAAAUAUGCAAUUGAAAAAUGGCAGCAAGUUCAAAGUAGAAGAGAUGCAGGAAAAUCGAAUAUUUUAUAUGCAUGAGAUAGACAGACCAUUGUAUGGAGAAAUGCGGCUCAGUGUAUCCGAUGGUCAGUAUCAGUCUAUGACAGAAGUUAUAUCUAUUAAUGUUAUAUCUAAAUAUCCACCAGAAAUUGUGACUAAUGAACCUUUUAUUGUCUUUCGUGGACAUAAUGAGCCCUUAAGCACAAAAAUACUAAAUAUCCAUGAUAAUGACAAUCCAGAAAGUGUCAACAUACGAGUAGUAGAUGGUCCCAAUCAUGGCCAGUUAUCAGUAGAAGGUGAAGAACUAGUCUUAUUUUCAUUGGAUGAGUUGUUGCAAGAGCAGGUGAUGUACACCCACGACAAUUCCACCUCCAAAACAGAUAUCAUCGUUUUGCAGGCAAGUGAUGAGCACAAUGUGGUUAAUUUUCUUCUGCAAGUAUAUAUUGUUGACGAAGAGCAUAGCAUCCCAGUUCUGAUAAAAAACCAAGGAGCAAGGGUUGAGUCAGGUCAUAUGGUCCAAAUAUCUCCUCAGCUCUUACAAGCCAGAGACAUUGAUUCAGAUGAUGAUAACCUCGUCUAUACUCUUCUUCCAACACUUCAGAAUCCUGGUCAAGGAAAGCUAGCUUUGAUCAUCCCAUUGCCUCCAGCCCCUGAUGGAUUUUAUAAUGACGGCUGGACUCAGAUGGAUGAGAGCCAUCUUGUAAGACCCACAACAAGGUGUGUCAGUUUGUAUCUACAAGUUGUCUUGGAGUUAGUUUUAGGAAAAAAUUAUAACUACAUUACUGUAUUAUCUAAAUUAAUUCCAUGUUUAUGGGUCCAAGGGGUCCCAGAAACUCAACUUGGUGUGAACAUUUUUCAGGUCCUAAGAAAAGAAAUGGUUGGCUUUGAUUUCUACUCAACAUCAGGGUUCUGGAAGCUUACUUCUUGUCCAUAUACAGAAUUAUGUUUGUAUUUAAUAUAUAAUGUAUCACAUUUUCCAUCAAAACUUUUUGUAUUCACUUUGUUCAAUUUGAAUAUUAAUGAUGAGCAUCUUUUACAGGUACAGGAAGGUCAGGCAGUAACGAUCACCCAAAACCACUUGUCAUUCGCAGGAGCACAAUCAGCAGAGCAUCUUAUUUAUACCAUUACCCAUCCAUUAGGGCCUUAUGAUGGCUCACUUUUCCACAUUGACUCACCAGGAUUGGAACUUCGUCAGUUUAUGCAAGCAGAUAUCAAUGAUAUGAAAAUUAUUUAUAUGCCUCCCUUUGGAGACAUGGGUCAAGAUGAUAAAUAUUUCACCUUUAAAUUUACCGUGUCAGAUCAGAGGAGUGGAGAACCCAACAAGUUACCUGAGCAGAAGUUUACCAUUCAUGUUGUUCCUGUGAAAGGAACUCAACUAUCCUUCACUCAUGAGAACCCUGAGCUAUUCAUUAAUUGUCAUGCAUCUGUACACUUGGAGCCAAAAUUUUUUGAGCUGAGUAAUUUAGAACCUGAGGAGGAGGUUCUCUUUAUCCUUUUGGAGGCACCUCUUCAUGGCACCAUAACCAAAGAAGUCAAUGGCGAGACAUAUAUAUUUACUGAGGAGGACAGUCUUGAUAGCAAAGAUAUAAGUGACUCUCAGAUCCUCUACAGUCAUGAUGGCUCGGACUCCACUUUUGACGCCAUUGUGUUUCUUGCCCUAGGCCACUCGUCAGAAGCAAGCACUCGUAUCACAGUUACAGUGCGGCAUGAGGAUCUCCAACACCCUAUGAAAAGUGACAAUGCCUCAUUUUCCUUGACACUAAAUGAAUAUGAAACAAAAGUUAUCAACAGUUGGCAUCUUCACUUCACUGAUGUCCAUUCUAAAGAUGAAGACCUGGUGUACACACUCAUCAGUCAAGCUCAGUAUGGUGCUCUUGUUAGUAUUCAACCUUCAGGAACGACACACAGACUUAAUGAGACCCACAAGUUCACCCAGGCAGAUAUUAUCUAUGGCUUAGUCAACUACACAUCUGACAAAGAAGUUGGAAUGAAAGCUGUGGUAGACAACCUGGCUUUUAAUGUUACAGAUCCUCAAAACAAUGUUCUGAGUAAUCAGGUCCUGAAAGUGACGAUUCAAGGUGUUGAUAAUAAAGAGCCUGAAGUGGUAAUGGGAGAGGCUGUCACUGUAGCAGAAGGCAGUAGUGUAAUCUUAUCUCCAGCUUCCAUUACAGCCUCUGAUAUAGACACUCCCUUAUCCAAUCUCACAGUCAUCAUUGAUGCACCUCCACUAUUUGGAUACAUCACAAACACUAAUUCUGAACCUAAGAGCUCCUCUGGAGGGGCAUCACCAAUGCUGGAGUUUACUAUGAAAGAUUUGCAAGAAGGCAAAGUGACCUAUAUUCAGUCACAACAUCGCCAUCAAGAACCUAUCCAAGACUCUUUUCUAUUUCAUGUCACAGAUGGCACCAAUGGGUCUCCGGUCAUGAGGUUUAAUAUCACCAUUCAGCUUAUAAAUGAUGAGUCACCGGUGAUUCUUGGAGAACAAGUGGUGAUUGAAAAGGGUCAGACUGCAGUCAUUCGAAACCAGUCACUCUUCAUAUCUGAUGCAGACACUCAACCUAAAGACCUCAUUGUCAAAAUUGAACAAUCACCAAACCAUGGAUCUCUCCACAGAAAGCUGUCUCGAGAAUCUUCUAUUAAGAACAGUGAACUGCUCACCCGAGGACAGAGCUUCACUUUUCAAGAUCUUCUGGAUGAGCUUAUCCUGUACAGCCAUGAUGGCUCCAGAGAUCCUGAAGACAUCAUGGAAAUUAUGGUUAGUGACAGCAACCAUGAAACUGGUGGAAUUGUUGAAUUCAUAAUUCUUCAGAAGACAGACGAGGCUCCAAGGCUGCGUCUUAAUCAUGGCCUCACACUCAAGGCUGGGGAGAUUUCAGUCAUCUCUCCAUCACUUCUCAUAGCUGAAGAUGUUGAUUCUGAGACAGAGAUGAUCAAAUAUGUUGUAACCAGUUUGCCAAUAUCUGGGAAACUUGAGAUAUACCAAUCCCAACCUGAUAAAUGGAUGCCGUUAAAUGUUGGUUCAGUGUUUAUGCAGAAAGACAUCAUAAAUGGGAAUAUUCGGUUUGUGCAUAAGAAAGAUACACCAAGUGGAACAGAUACCUUACGUUUUAAUCUACAAGACACAGAAGGGAAUGUGAUGAUGGAUCAAGCACUCUCCAUCAUUGUGCUGGAAGACAGAAUACCACCACGCAUCACUCUAAAUACAGUUCUCACCCUCAUGGAAGAUGCUUCAGCUGCUAUAACUGCAGAGUUUCUUUCAGCAACUGAUGCUGAGAUGGAUCCUAUGGAACUGAAAUAUAUUCUGGUGAGUGGUCCAGAUCAUGGCCGACUUGAAUUAACAACAGCUCCCGGAAAGGCUGUGUCAUCAUGGACUCAACGAGCACUAGAACUGGGAAUACUUCACUACCAUCACCACACAAUGGAUGAAAGCACCAAAGAUCAGUUCUCUUUUGUUGUUUCAGAUGGUUACAACAAUGUAAGCCAGUCUUUCAGCAUCAACAUCACUCCUGUAGAUGAUGAAAUACCACUUCUUGUUACAAACACCAUCAAAGUUCAGGAAGGUACCAGAAAAAUUAUUUCACAGUUUGAAAUAGAAGCUUUAGAUGCUGAUACUAGAGAUGAGUUCAUCACCUUCAGCAUCGUACGACCCCCUCGGCAUGGGCAGAUGCAGGUUACAGUGGGUGAAGACUACUUGAAUUCCAAGACUUUCACAAUGCUAGAUGUGUACAAUGGGGAAGUAUCCUAUCUUCAUGAGGGUUCUGACACAUCCCAUGACUCCUUUGACAUUGUGGUGUCAGACUCUACCAACACAAUGUACCGGCAUGGGAGGGGUAAGGAAGCUUCAUCUGAGCCUUCUACCAUCAAUAUUGAGAUUUCUUCGGUAGACGAUGGUACACCAAUAUUAACAGCAAAUAGAGGGCUUCAAUAUUUGCAGCAGGAGGAAGGCAAGGCCCAAAAUCUGAUUACUGCUCAUGAGCUCCAUGUUGAGGAUGAAGAUACACUACCAGAUAAUCUGCAGUUUUCUGUGACACGCCCCCCUGCCCAUGGUGUUCUCAGACUCACUACACACGAGAGACCAGUGUCUGCAUUCACACAAGCUGACAUCAUUGCGGGUCGCUUAUACUAUGAGCUCGUCUCCUAUGCACACGAUACAACCAGUGAUGAGUUCACCUUUGAAGUAACCGAUAGUAAACCAAACAUUGUAUCAGGCAAUGUUUUCCAUAUUCAGUGGGCAUGGCUGAUAAUGGCACAGAGAGAGUAUAAUGUUACAGAAACUGAUGGUGCAGUCAAAGUUUUUGUAAGAAGAACUGGAAAUUUAAAGCAGCAUUCAUCAGUUACUUGUGUCACUCAUGGGGGAUCUGCAAAGGGAAAGUCAAAAGAACCACAAGAUGUAGACUUUUCAGUUAUUUCUGAGCCUGUACAAUUUAGUGAAGGGGAGACAGAGAAGUACUGUACAGUACCUAUCCAUGACGAUGAAGAAUUUGAAGGUCUGGAAACAUUUAGUGUUAAGUUGGUUGACCCUAAUUAUGCAUUGCUAGGAAAGCCAAAAAAGUCACAUAUAACAAUUAUUGACAAAGAAGACAAGCCAUCAGUUGGUUUUGAAAAUAAUCAUUUUAUUAUCAAUGAAGCCGAAGGUCUGAUCUAUGCUCGCUUGAAACGCAGAGGGGAUGUCAACAUUCCUGUAUCUGUGGUAUGUAUUAGUGAAGAUGGUUCUGCAAAAGGAUCUGAUCCAAAACAAAUUGCAAGUGGAGCUGAUUUCAUCCACCGUCCUCAUGAUGAAUCUUCAAGGGUUGUUUUCCCUCCUGGUAUUCAAGUUUCCUCUUGUAAUGUAAAAAUUAUUGAUGACCCAGUGUUUGAAGUAAAUGAAGAUUUCCGAUUAAUACUGAUCGAUCCUUCUGAAGGCGUGAUGCUUGGCGAGAUCCGAGAAGCUUUUGUCACCAUCAAAGGGCCCAAUGACCAGAGUAAAGUUGGGUUCACUCAAUCAGAGUACAAUAUAUCUGAAAGUGAAGAUGUAGUAUCAGUAUAUUUAGAACGUUCUGGUGUGGAUUUAAGUUACCCAUCAACUGUUUGGUGUGCUACCAAGUCUUAUACUCCAGAAGAGGCCCAGCCAUCUCUUGACUAUGUUCCACAUUCAGAGCAAGUGAAUUUCAGGGAGGACCAAGAAAGUGCAAUAUGCACCAUUAAUCUAAUUGAUGACAAAGUGAACCCAAAACUUGAAGGUCCAGAGAGAUUUAUAGUUUUCAUCAGCACUGCUCAGAAUGCAUCUAUUAACAGAGCUGCUGCAGAAGCUGUUGUGACAAUAAAUGAUGAUGAAGAUGCACCUUCUAUACAGUUUACAAUGCCUGAAAUAAAAGUCAGAGAAAAUCAAACUGUUGUGAAAAUCCCAAUACAACGUUCAGGGGAUCUAAGUCGAGUGUCAACUGUUUAUUGCUUCACACGUCAGCGUUCAGCUAAGGCAGGUAUCGACUUCAUUGAACGACCAAACACCAAAGAUUCAGCAAUUACAUUUCCUAAAGGUGUUUCAAAAGUUGAAUGUGAAGUUGGCCUUCUAGAUGACUUGGUAUAUGAAAAAGAAGAAAGAUUCAUAGUCAAACUGUCUCAUCCAGGUUCCCCUUCAGAUUUUCGGCCACACAUUGGUGAAAAUAAAAUAGUUCGAGUGACCAUUUUAGACUGGGAGGACAGGCCAAGAGUGUCUCUACAACAUGGUGCAUACACAAUUGCCGAGCCUCAAUCAAGGGAUCUAACUUCAAGCCUCAGUGUUCCUAUAAUCCGACUUGGCGACACAUCUCAAGUUUCCCGAGUUAUGGUUUCUACCAGGGAUGGUUCGGCUGCUUCAGGGUCAGACUACCACCCACUUCAUACACAAGUGGAGUUUGCUCCAGGGGAUACCAUGUUUGAAGUCGAGAUCACAAUUGUACACAACUCAGAGCGGCAGCGGCAUGAGACAUUCUCUGUGGUGUUGGGCCCCGACGAUCCUGUUAAUGCUGAACUUGGAGCCAUCACUUCUGCCUCCGUAACAAUCUUAGACCAUGAAACUUCUGGUAGCUCAGUUCUUCCUGCACCUCCUAUUGUCGUUUCAUUAUUGCAUUAUGACAAUAUUGCAGAACACCUUGGGGAGCCUGCUAGUCCUGGGUACCCACUAGUGUGUGUUACACCCUGUGAUAUGAGAUACCCGGAGAGUGCUGUUACUACUGACAUGUGUGCUGAAGCAGGGAUAAAUUCAACUUCUAUCCAGUACUCAUGGGAGGUUGCCGUUCCUGCUGAUGGUGCCGGUAGUCUUACUCCCUUCCAUUCACUUACCGAUAACACCUUAUUUGCUAGUCCAUACACUAAGGUGUUAGAUUCAAUGUUCUUCGCGCGGCACUUCUGGGUAAGAUGUAUUGCUCAACCUGUCAAGAAUGAUGGUGUAUUUGGAAUACCUUUACGAAGUAAAGCAACUUCUGUUGGCAUUCAAAAUGGGAUAUGUCAGACACCACUUGUACCAGGACAACCCGGUGGAUUCCAAAGCCAGUCCUUCAUGGCAACUCUUUCAUACAUCAAUUCUACAGAUGAAAAUCAUCCUAAUACAGUUAAAAUUCAUGUGGAGAUCCCUCAUCAAGAUGGCAUGGUACCAAUACUCUCAACGCUUCCAUUUCACAACUUACGAUAUCUUUUGACCGAGCAGCUCUACCGAGUGCAUCACAUGUGCUCUAACCUUGAUCCUUUGGUUGGCUUUCUGGCUGAGACACCUUUACCGUAUUCCCCUCAUCCCAGACCACAUCAAUGGGAUGAAAAUCUAAGAGAAAACAAAUCCUUGCUCUUGUAUCAUCAUCUAAACCUCAGGACCUGUAUGUGGACCUUCUCUGCCUGGUUCUCCAUGUCCCAGUUAGUGGACCGAUGUGGUGGUCAAGUUGUGUCCGAUUUUCAGGUUGGUUCAGGUGGACAGAGCUUUCUGACAGUACGAGUACCUUUGUACAUCUCUUACGUAUAUGCAACGUCACCUCCAGGCUGGGCAUCGGUUGAUCACAGAACAGAACUGUCUGUGUCCCUCUAUUACAACACACUGUUGUGGCACCAUGGGCUACUCACCCAGCCAACUCUCACAGCUAAAAUACAGGUAACAAGAAUUUCCAUAGAUGAAUCUGGUCGAUUGGUAAUUGAUAUAAAAACUAUGGCAAAGUUUCGUGGUCAGUUUGUGUUACAUCACCCACACCUGGAUGAAUUCAACUCUCAGCUCAAAGCUCCAAUGGAAUUGGAUAUCUUAUUUUCUCUUGAGCUCUUAUGGACAGCUUCUACUUGGGAUGGGCCAGAACAGGUAUGGAGAGCUACCAGCGAUUAUAACCUCAAGGAUUAUACAGGAGAGUAUAUCUUUGAGCUGAUUCCUUGCACUGUGGCUCCAACGCAAGCUUACACUGUGGCUGAUCCUCCUCCAUGCACUCCUCACCCUCCAACAAAUUUUACAUUGCCUAUUGCUAUUCAACAAACCCAUCGUCCUGUUCCUCUUGUCUACACCCUCAACACAGACUUCCAGCUCCUCAACAGUCCAACACUGUUCCUGAUGGAUCCAAGAAAGGUUGACAACUUGGAGGAGGUGGACUAUAAGGGAAGCUAUGGCCCAGGUCAAACUAUCUAUGGCAGAGUGUUGUGGCACCCGAGCCAGGACCUCUACUCUGCCUACCAGCUUUAUAUCCAGCGAGUGUUCCUCUGCACCGGUGAUGAAGGGUAUGUGCCUACGUAUGACCCAACGGGAGAACUGUAUGAUGAGGGGCCGCAGUACGGAUGCAUACAACCAUCUACCAGACUCCGACACAGGUUUCUUAUUCUGGAUCGUGAGCAGCCCUAUGUGAGUGAGAGUAACUUAAGCAGCCCUCAGAUAGUGGCACACUUUGCUGAGGAUCUACCAGAGUUUGAUGCCCUUCGACAGUUUUCAGGCGUUGAUGGAUUUCUCUUAAACACCGAUGGCCUUUACCAGGUUAAUUCUGGUCAACAGUGGUAUUUACAGGUUCUCUAUACAAUUGGCCCCAAUAGUGGUCGAAGCCGAAGAGAUGCAACCCUACUUACUACUCUAUCUCAUGUUGUGUCUCAAAAGAGCCCUGGUCACAGCAACUUUAAAAGGGAGAAUUUGAAUACUGAUCUGGUAUCUAAUCAGUCACCACAAGAUAUCAUUCAGGGAAUGAAAGUCAUUAAAGGUAUUUCAGAUGUUUCUGAAGAUCUCCCAGUUCCUGCUUUCUUAACAUCUCUGCACGUUCGUAAUGGAACAAACAUGAGGGGCUUUCAACUACAUUUCACAACUGUCAGCAGUCCAGAAAACUCUGUCUUCCUCAAUGUUUUGUACGUUAUAGUAUCUCUUGUGGUGCUGCUGGCCAUCAUUAUCACAGGCCUAUUGGUUGUGAAGAGAUUCUUCAGAAAUUCAGGGAAGGACAAGGUAAUUGUUGUGCGCAGUUUAAAAAAUGAACGAGAAGAAUUCAGGAGAAAAGGUGAAGGGAAAGUAUUAGAGAGACCAAAAACAUUACCACCCAAUAUGACUCUCAAUAGUGAGAGUAAUUUGCAGACAGUGAAAGUGAAGACAUUAGCCAUAACUGUUCGAAAUAAUUUGGAAGAUGAAGGAACUGAAGUAUAAACAAUUAAAUCACAAAUAUAUGUUUUGCGUUCUGUAUGGAGAGUAACUUGGUUAAUGAACAGAAACAUUUGAAUUUGCCUGUGGACAUCUUUCCAUGUGGAUACCUGUACAAGCUGACAAUAUGAUUGUAAAUCUUAAAAGGAAUGUGAUUUUUUUUAAUAUGAACCCAUUCUGCUAUUGAAAUAUUUAUAGAAAAAACUGUGCCAUAUAGGAAACAUACAAGAAUAAUUUUCUGUUGGCAAGUACAUUAAUAUUGAAAGUCACAAAAUGGGUAAACUAAUAUAAUCAUUAAAUAUUAGAUUAUAAUGUAUUUUGACGAAGAAAACUAGCAAAAUCUGAGAUUGAUAUUCAGUCUCACAUGAACACUAAAUGUGAUCAUCAGCAAAGCCAGAUUUAAACACUGUCCAUCAAAGUUUUGAUGGUGUAUGUCCCAAGGUAAAUUGUGGGACGUUUUACAAAUGUUUGGCUACAGUGUUGUUUAUUGAAAUAUAUUAACUGUGAUAGGACACCUUAUAACUGUUUUCAAGAUAUGACUGGUUUUUUGAACAGAAAAUGGGUCUUAACAGUGAGAUCCUAUGAUAACAUUAAUCGCGGUGUGAUUCCUUCCAGAGUUUCAGACAAGGAACUCGGCAGUCAUAUUAUAGAAUUGAUCCUAUGAAGUAUGAUCAUUUUCUGGUCGAAAGUGGUGAUUAAUUAGAACACUAAUCAUUGUGUGAUGCACAAUAAUUGCUUAAACUGUGCUACAAGAACUGACCCCACUGUUCAGUGUUCCAUAGAAAAUGAUCUUCGUAGUUUCAUGAAUUCCUACCUGGAUUACCUUAUGCCAGUGCCUCACUCAAGAAUAUGUUCAGUGCUCUAUUAUUUUUGUGUUCCUAAAAAGAUAUGCCAUCUUCUCUUCACUCAAGAAUGAAAUAUGUAACACUUCUCUUCGUUCUCUUAAGAUUCUUCACUUGUGCUGUCAUAAAAUGGUGCCUUACCCCACAUUUACAGUAUACUAAAUGCAUUGAUGUACUGUACCUCUUUUAUAAAGUUGUAAUAGUUACAUUCAUUAUAAUAUUCCUCUGGGUUGUCCACUAAUGUAUUCCAUUAAAUUUGUGAUUUGCAGUAAUUGUUGCACACAAAAAGUCUCCGGCUUCCUGUUUCUGCUUAAGCCACUAGAAAUGGUGGCCAUUAGGUAAAUAAAGAUGCUGAAAAACAAUACAAACCUAAAGAAAAAUUACUGUACUCUACAUUUCACUACAGUGCUGUGUGAGGACUAUUCCUCCUCCAGUGCCUUAAUCAUGAUCAUGAUACUUGGAAUCUCAAAAGGUGCUAUGUGUAGUCUAUUUAUAUUAGUAGACAAAAGACUGACUGAUGUUCUCUUUCAACUUAUGUUUAGAUAAUUUUCUUUAGCAAUAUCUUUGAUAUAAUGUUUUGCAUUUAUGAUAUGUAACUCAUGUGAUUAAAUGUUUAGUAUGUCAUCAUUUUCAGCUCACUUCUCUUACAUGAAAUCACUUCUCAGGUGUAUGAAGACACUGCCACAUUGACAAACUAGUUAUUGAAUGUUUAUUUAUUUAAUAAAGAAAAAAACAGU